CUGGAUGGGGGAGAAGAGGGCAGGUUGAGUGUUUUCCGCUGAUGUGUGCAUCGGAGAACGGAGACUAAGCCUAUAUAUUCUGAGAGGAUCACAGUUUAGGGACAACGCUCUCUGAAACCGGCUGUGACACACAACCCAGCAUCUCAAGCGACGAGGUCUCCAGCACUAACCAUCAUGGAAGCUGCCAUCUUCACCAUCGUCACCCAGUUCAAGACGUGUGCCGGGAAGGAUGGGUCCACCAGCACCCUGAGCAAAGACGAAUUCCAAAACCUGGUGAUCUCCCAGUUGCCAAACUAUGUCAAGAACGCCAGCGAUCCCGGCGUCAUCGAGCAGCUCAUGGGCUCGCUGGACGAAAACAACGACGGGGAGUUGAGUUUCUCAGAGUUCUGGCAGCUGAUUGGAAAGCUGGCGAGCAAACAGGGCGGCUUCGGUCAGUAGAGAGCCCGCCUUCGCCUGUGGAGUGGGGGAGAGGAUGGUGCUACGCCGAUGAACCCAAAUUGAAGCUGUCAAACUGUAAAAUCAAAGGCCUUCAAAUGCUUUCAUCACCCCACCAUGUGCCACAUGUGUAACUCUUCAGAAAACCAUUUCUUGAAUGCGGGGAACUUUGAAUUAAAGGCUUUAUUGUCUCCAACCCUCGGCCACCAA